CAGCCAGUUAUAUUUUAUCCAAUGUAAGUCCCGACCCCUGAAUUUGCUGGGGUUGGUUCAGCCCUCCGUCCUCCCCGCAGUAAGCAACUUGCAUCCAUCCUACCUCGUUGUGUUCGGACCGACGCGUUAAUCCGUCAUCAUGUUAUAGACAUACGACUUUACCCAAACUUCAUAGGAAGGCUAAUCCCAUGCAUUUUUGUCUGGUUUACUUUUUAUGCCUUUAAGUUGGAUUGGGUCAAAACAACAAAAUACUACGGCGUACGAUAUCUAUUGCUUAGCUGGUAUCCUCGAAAUUGCAGGUUGGGGUGAAACGGGCAAAUCGACUCGUCAAUAAUAAUACCUAGGUACUCCGGCUGUUCCGCAAUAUGCGUCCAUCACAAAUUCUUCGAAGCAGUGAGCUCCCAAUCGGCAAAUACAACCACUAUCUAAACAAGGAUACUUGGGGCCACCUCGGCUGUAUCCAACCGCAGAAAGGAAUAAUCACAUACCAAGUGAGCGCAAACCGCCAGAACGUUCUCGCGGGCGCUUCCAAUGAUGCCAUAUUCAACACCUGGCGUCGGUUUAGCAAGCAGGUUCUAUACUGGGCCCCGCCGCUUUUAGUAGCUUAUUAUGCUAUGGACUGGGCUAUCAAACGCAAUGAGUAUCUCAAUAGCAAGCCUGGAAGAGCUGAGACAGCUGGAAGUUGAAGAUUAAGCAUACUGUGUAUUCGUAAUUGGAUACGACUAUUACACAUUGAACAAUUCAUUGCUAACUUUAUGCCAUUCCCGAACUUACCUAAGUUCUAAUUAUUUCCAAGAUAUUUGGCCUCACUCUCCGUUCAGAUGACAUAAAGGUUUUUGGGUUUCAAAUUAGAUGAAAAAGAGUAAGUGAGUAUAAAUGCUUAAUAUAAGGAUUUGGCACCUUAGUUUACAUAAAAAUAAAGAUUCAGUAAUCUCUAG